UCCUCCUUCCUUUUGCUCUGCAAUUUUCACCUGAAUCUGUAAGUUCUUUACAUUUCUUUGCAUUCAAUUCAUCCUGUUGGUUAUUGUUUUUUCUCCCCCGAAUUCCUGCAUUUUGGAUUUCAAUUUAUGGUCGUAGAAUGGCGGAGAUCUCAAAACCCUAGAUCUCGCUUCUUUCUGGGUCAUUAUCCUUUUUCCGAUUCAGGGUUUUGGUUUGUUGGAUCACGCUCUUCGUGUAAUUGUAUCAGCUCAGAUUCCAACUGUUUGUGGUUUGGGAGACAGGAUUUGUGUGUGUCAUUGUGUGGAGAUUUCGAGGUUUUUGAUUCUGUUGUUAGAUCGUUAGGAGUGGUGGUGGUUGUUGGUUUCUUCCGUCGAUGGCUUCGAAUCCUCCAAUUCAGGUGGAGGAUACAGACGAGGAUUUCUUUGACAGGUUGGUUAAUGACGACGACGGCAAUAGGAUGGGCCACACCGCCACGAAAUUCGAGGAGGGCGAUUAUUCCGACGAUGCGAGAGCCUUUUCUAAUUUAAGUAUUGGCGAAGAUUCCAUCGGUGAAAAUGAGAACGAGAAGGAAAAAGGAAAAGAUCUAGGGGAUUCAGCUCCAGAGCCAUUUAAUGCAGCUGUUAGCGAAAGUAAUAAUGAUUCGUUAGGAUUUGAUGAUAGCGUUUUGGAUUCCUGUAAUUAUAAUCGUGAAGAGGGAGCAACAGAGGUCCCACCGGAUUCAGAUAUGAGCAAGAGCACUGGAUCUGUCAAUUCUGGGGUUAAGGAAGUAGGAUGGAGUUCGUUUUAUGCAGAUUCUAUCCAGAAUGGGGAGCAGGGAUUUGAUUUUUUUAACGGUUUAGGUGACAGUUCUUCCAAGGAUUUUCCUGGGAUGGUGGAGGAAACUGCAAAAACUAAUGGGUUAAAUCAAAACUUAGUUAAUGGUGUAGAUCAAAAUUCUUUCAAUUAUGGGCAGUAUCAGGAGGGUCAAGAUCAUGGAGCAUCUGUUGGGGAUGGUGGAAAUGGGCAGGAUGAGAAUAGCAGUCAGGAUUGGGAAAAUAUGUAUCCGGGAUGGAAGUUUGAUACAAAUACUGGACAGUGGUAUCAGGUGGAUGGUUAUGAGGGGGGUGUUCAAGGAAGCUAUGGGAUUUCCACAGGUGAUUGGAUGGGGACUUCCAAUGGGAAAUCAGAGAUUUCCUAUUUGCAGCAGGUGACUCAGUCUGUUUCAGGGAGUGUGACAACUGCAGAGAAUGGUACCACAGAAAGUGUUGCAAAUUGGAAUCAGGUUUCAGAGAUGAAUAAUGGGUACCCAGAGCAUAUGGUUUUCGACCCUCAAUACCCAGGUUGGUACUAUGACACCAUUGCUCAAGAAUGGCGCACUUUGGAGAGCUACAAUUCAUCUUUUCAGACACCCACUCAGCCCACCAUUCAAGCUCUUGAUCAGCAGAACCUAAAUGGAUUUUCUUCUUUGGGUGGGUAUGCUCACAGUAAUAACAAUGGUAUAUAUAGUGAGUAUGGGCAAGCCAAUAAUUUUGAGUCACAAGGUGUUGAUGGCCAAAGGCAAAAUAGCAGCUGGGACAAAAAUCAUAGUCAUUACAACAAUAACAAUAAUAAUCAGGGUUUAAAUAUGUGGCAACCUGCGGCUUCUGUGAAGACUGAGGCUGUUGCAAGUUCUAUUGGGAAUUGGCAAUUGGAAGAUUCUUUUCAUUCAAAGAUGUCUUUGCGUAACCAUCAACAGAAAUCAUCUUUUAAUUCUCUACCAGAAGUUCAGUUGCCUGCUAAAGCAAAUCAUGGUUAUAGUGGGGAUAAUGGUGUUAUUGGGUUUAGAAGCUUUGUCCCUAGUCAGGAGUUUAAUCAGCAGUUACAUCAGGGAAAUGUGAUGCAAAAUGAACAAAUGCAUUUCUCAAAUGAUUUCUAUGGCAGUCAGAAGCAUGUAAAUGUUGCUCAACAACCAUUCCAUGGCAGUCAGCAGUUUCCUUAUGCUUCUGACAUAGGAAGAUCAUCUGCUGGCCGUCCUCCACAUGCCCUGGUUACUUUUGGAUUUGGUGGAAAGCUUAUUGUAAUGAAACAUGCGAGUUCUAUACAGAACUCAUCAUUUAGUAGCCAGGGUUCACUAGGAGGCUCCAUUUCUGUUCUGAAUUUGUUGGAAAUUGUCAAUGGAAACACAAGUGGCUGUGCUUCUGGACUGGGAAUGUGUGAUUAUUUUCGUGCUCUUUGCCAACAGUCCUUCCCAGGUCCAUUGGUUGGUGGAAGUGUUGGAAGCAAAGAGUUGAAUAAAUGGAUUGAUGACAGAAUUGCAAAUGGUGAAUCACCUGACAUGGACCCUAGAAAAGGAGAAGUUUUGAGGUUGCUUCUCUCUUUGCUUAAAGUAGCUUGCCAGCAUUACGGCAAACUUCGAUCUUCUUUUGGCAGUGACAUGGCAAUGAAGGAGAGUGAUACUCCAGAAUCAGCAGUAGCUAAACUCUUUGCACCUGCAAAGAGGAAUGGCACACAUUAUGGUGCUCUUGGUCAUUGCUUGCAGCCAUUGCCUUCUGAGGGGCAAAUUCGGACAACUGCUUCAGAGGUACAGAAUCUUCUGGUCUCUGGUAAAAAGUAUGAGGCUCUACAAUGUGCACAAGAAGGUCAAUUGUGGGGACCUGCACUUGUUCUUGCAUCACAACUUGGUGAUCAGUUCUAUGUCGAUACUGUGAAGCAAAUGGCACUCCGUCAGCUGGUACGAGGGUCACCUUUACGGACAUUGUGCCUGCUAAUUGCUGGACAACCAGCCGAAGUGUUUUCUCAAGACAGCAUGGCUAAUAGCAUUAAUAUGUCUCAACAGCCUGCUCAGUUUGGGGCUAAUUGCAUGCUUGAUGAUUGGGAAGAAAAUUUGGCUGUAAUAACAGCAAAUAGAACCAAAGAUGAUGAGCUUGUGCUUAUUCAUCUUGGAGAUUGCCUUUGGAGAGAAAGAAGUGAGAUAAUUGCUGCCCAUAUAUGUUACUUAGUUGCGGAAGCAAAUUUUGAGUCAUAUUCGGAUAGUGCAAGACUCUGUCUCAUUGGAGCAGAUCACUGGAAGUCCCCUCGAACCUAUGCUAGUCCUGAGGCUAUCCAGAGGACUGAGUUAUAUGAAUAUUCAAAGGUGCUGGGAAACUCUCAGUUCAUCCUUCUGCCAUUUCAACCGUACAAACUCAUAUAUGCUCACAUGCUGGCUGAAAUUGGAAAGGUUUCAGAUUCACUGAAGUACUGUCAAGCAGUAUUAAAAUCUCUGAAAACUGGCCGGGCCCCUGGGGUUGAAACAUGGAAGCAAUUUGUUGUAUCUCUUGAGGAGAGGAUAAGAACCCAUCAGCAGGGUGGAUAUGCCACUAAUUUGGCCCCUGCUAAAUUAGUUGGUAAAUUGCUUAACUUUGUUGUUGGGGGCCAUCCUCCAUCUGUGCCAUCAACAUCACAAGGAAAUUCUCAAGGUAAUGAACUUUAUCACCAGCUGGCAGGCCCUAGAGUAUCAGCUAGCCAAUCAACUAUGGCCAUCUCAUCUUUACUGCCUUCUGCUUCAAUGGAGCCUGUAAGUCAGUGGGCAGCUGAUGGCAACAAAAUGAAAAUGCAAAAUAGGAGUGUUUCAGAGCCAGAUUUUGGUAGAAGUCCUAGACAGGUUGAUUCAUCAACAGAAGUGGCCUCAUCUAGUACAGAAGGCAACGCAUAUGGAGGGGCAUCUCGCUUUGGCCGUUUUGGUUUUGGCUCACAGCUUUUGCAAAAGACUGUAGGGUUAGUCUUAAGGCCACGUGCUGAUAAACAGGCUAAACUGGGUGAAAAAAAUAGAUUUUAUUAUGAUGAAAAGCUAAAGCGAUGGGUUGAGGAAGGUGCAGAACCCCCAGCUGAAGAAGCAGCCUUAGCUCCACCCCCAACUAGUGCAGCAUUCCAGAAUGGAAUGCAUGAGUACAACUUGAACUCUGCGCUUAAAGAUGAGGGUUCUCCUACUAAUAGAAGCCCAAAAUUUAGAAAUUCAAGUACAACAGAGCAUGCCUCUGGGAUCCCACCUAUUCCUACCAGCUCUAAUCAAUUCUCAGCUCGAGGACGGGUGGGUGUUAGGGCAAGGUAUGUUGACACAUUCAACAAAGGUGGUGGAAGCCAGGCAAAUCUGUUCCAGUCACCUGCUCCAUCCUCAGUUAAGCCUGCUGCUGCUGUAAAGGCAAAUUUCUUCAUUCCCACCCCGACAUCAACAGUUGAACAGACAACUGAGGCAAUAGUAGAGAGUACGCAUGACGUAAAUGCAUCUAACGGGAAUCCUUCCACAUCUGUUGAAAAUGACACUUUCCAAUACCCCUCAUCAACAUCAAUGACCAUGCAAAGGGUUCCAAGCAUGGAUACCAUCAAAAGGAAAGACAGUAUGAAAAUUAACAAUGGAUUUCCAGCACACUCAAGACGAACAGCCUCGUGGAGUGGAAGCUUUAGUGAUACACAGAGUCAUCCUAUUAUGGCUGAAAUGAAACCUCAGAGAGAAGCAUUUGGAAUGCCUCCAUUUAUGCCUAGUCCGACGAAUGGCAGCAGCAAUUUUGGAGAUGAAUUGCAUGAGGUGGAACUUUGAGCCGGAGUUGCAUAAGAUGUAAAUAUCAAGUUUUGUUCCUGCAUAAAUACAAUACUUCACUGUUGUAUCUUUCAAGCAUACACCAGAAAGGCGGUACCCACCAAAAUUGGUUCCCUAAAGGAGGAAACGAGAUAUACCUUCUUAAAGCUAAGUAUUCUGAUCCCUUUCAAUCUUCUGCCUUGUAUUUUGAAUUUCAGUUGGGUUAUUUAGUUAUGCUACUAGGUUCAUCAUCUGCAUGUCUGAGGGUCAAAGAAGAAUUUUUUUUUUUUUUUUCAUUUUUUAAUUCUGUAUGGCUGAGGGUUUGGGGAGCCAAUUUUUUUUUCCUUUAUAAAAGCAACAGAAGCCAGAACAGGCACCACUCCAAUGUACAGUUCAUUUGUUUAUUUUUUGAAUCAAGAAUGUCCUCGAAGAAAGUAGGAAUGUCCUCGAGAUAUAUACUGACUUGCAAAAUGCAAAAUGCAAAAUAAGAUCAUUAUAUUAUUUUGUAUUUUCAACUAUCUUUAUAUGACUGAA